AUGGAGGAAACGUUGAAUCCAAGAAGAGCUGGUCAUUCUCAUGAAAAGGUUGAAAAUAAUAGGCAACAUGAUCCCCUCCCCCGGCAUGAGCUUCCUCGGGAUAAACGCAGGAAUGAAGGUCCACCAGGGCCCCUCACCCAAUUAGACACACCCAAGGCAAAUAUCUUAAUGGGGAUCAAAGAUAUGAAAGAAUUAAAGUGGCCUUCAAGAAUGAAGUCACCCCUUGACGCAAGAGAUAGGAGCAAGUAUUGUAAAUUUCACCAGGAUCAUGAGCAUACCACGGAGGAUUGUCAAGCCUUGCAGCAGAAAAUUGAAGCCUUUAUUAAAAGAGGAUUCUUAAGAAGCUACAUUGGUCAUGAUAAACGCCCAAGGAAUGACCGGGACAAUCGGAAAGAGCCUGGAGCCGGAAGCACAUCUGGAGGAGACACAAAUAGUGAGCGAAAGCAAUAUGCCCACCAACAUGCUCAUACCUCGAAGGAAUCCCGUGAUAAACUCGAAGACAUUACCUUUGGAGCAAGGGAUUUGGAAGGAGUAUCGUAUCCUCAUGACGAUGCUUUGGUCGUCUCUGCAAUUGUGGCUAACUUUGAAGUAAAGAGGAUUCUGUGUACUCUACGGAUGGAAGUGCGGCAUAAAAUGGGGCUCUCUCCCAAACAGCUCAAAGUAGUAAAAACUCAUCUACAGGGAUUUGGUGGUGGAGUCAUUAUCCCUGAGGGCAUCGUCGAGCUUCUGCUUACAUUAGGUUCUGGUAAUGCACAAGUGACGGAGAUCACACCAUUCCAAGUGGUUAACACCCCAAAGGCCUACAACAUCAUUCUUGGAAGGCCCCUACUAAACAAGAUCCAGGCCAUUGUAUCAACGUUUCACCUGGCCAUGAAGUUCCCAACAGGCCAUGGCAUCGGAGUAGUUUGA